UGAAAAAUGGAAGAAACCUGCCACGAGAGGAAAAGCAGACAAGGAGCAGAUCGUUGUCUGGGAAGGAGUGUUUCUAAUCAGGAGUAAAUGAGGAGCCAUUCACAAAAUUCUGCUUGCAGAGCUUCUGGCAAAAGCCACUUCCUCUGUGGCAAAAAAAAAGGAGCAAGAUAAAUAAAAACAAGGAAGCGAAGCUCUGACGUAGACGAAGUUACAAAACCAUUCCCAACUCCCCCACGACCCCACUACGGCUGGGGGAGUGGGGUGCGCUGCCGAGGGGCACACUGGGGACAGAGGAGCUGGCAGGACGAGAACGGGGACCUCCUGGUGACCGGGGGACUUUCUUCUUCAUGCAACUGUCCUGGGAGGAUCCGCUUUGGGGUAUGGAUCCGAAAGGAGUGUGAGAAGCCAAGACACUGACGCCGGUCUGCCUGAGCCCAGCUGGAAAGACAGCCCUUGCCUGCUGCUUCACCAAAGCUAACACCGGGGACCACGUCCCACCACCUGGCCAGCGUCCAUCCAUGGAGGUGAAGGACAUGUCCCCACCUCCCGCACCACCCACACCGACCACCGAUGACGACAACCUGUGCAGGAUAGACGUCACCGACGUGGCCAUAGACGGUGUCACGCUGCUCAUCUGCCUCUGCGGGCUGGUGGGGAACGGGGCCGUCCUCUGGCUCCUCGGCUUCCGCAUCCGCAGGAACCCCAUCACCGUCUACAUCCUCAACCUGGCUGUUGCUGACUCCACCUUCCUCCUCUUCAUGGUCACCUCCACCUUCCUCUACGUGGUCGAGAACCUCUGCUUCUCCGCUGUGUCCUUGAUGUACCAGAGGUCACUUUUUCUGCUCUCUCUGCUCUCCUACAACAUGGGCCUCUACCUCCUGACGACCAUCAGCAUCGAGAGGUGCAUGUCCAUCCUCUGCUCCAGAAUCCGCCGCCCCCAGCACUUGUCAGCCGUGGUGUGUGCCCUGCUCUGGGCCCUCUCCAUCGCUGUCAUUGCUGCAGUGACUUCUCUGUGCCUGUCGCAGGAGCACGAGCACUGCCGGAUGGCUCUUAUCUCCAUGUACGUCCUCAACUUCCUCAUCUUUGCCCCACCCAUGGUCAUUUCCAGCACAAUUCUCUUCAUUAAGGCCCAGUGUAGCUCCCAGCACCACCAACCCAAGAGGCUUUGCAUUGUUAUCUUCCUCUCCGUCCUCUUCUUCCUCCUCUUAGCUCUUCCCCUCAGCAUCUGGAAUUUCCUGCAGCAGUUUGGCUACAUCGUUGUGUCCUCCCAGGUUGUCUUCCUGCUCGCCUGCAUCAACAGCAGCACCAACCCCUUCAUUUAUUUCUUGGUGGGGAGCUGCCGGAGGCACUGCUCCUUGAUGUCCCCCCAGGUUGCCUUCCAGAGGGUCUUUGAGGAGCCAGAAGACAACACUGCAUGCAGCAACGAUACCACGAUGGACACGCUGGCCCCAGACUGUUGAAACCUUUCCACCGCUCUGCUAAAGGCCUGCGGGACAGUGGCUGCGUGUUUCCUUGCAGAUGAAUAAAUAUCUGCAGUAUUUCCCCGACGUCACCUUCUCACGAUGUAAUUCUGUCCCCUGCAGGAGAGGAGCGCAGGGGCAUCGCCGAGGUCGAUGUGGGGAGGGAUGUUCUGCGGAGAGAGCGGUGGAGCACAGCUUUUCCUCUCCCUCCCAGCCCACCCCAGGUCCUGGGGCCACUAUUCCCCCAAAGGGACCAUGUUUCCCAAAAUCCGACCUGCUUUUUAGGAUGAUCAUUGCCUUUGGGGAACUCUGACUCAUGUACAGAGUGGGAGUAAAACCCCAUUCAGUAAAAGCCUCUCUCUCCAUCCCGCAUCCUGCGCAGCCUCUCUGAGCUCUGCUCCCCUGCAAUGCUGACGGGGGGGGAACCACUGCCCCUCACCAGGCUCCAGGGAGUCCCCCACCGCCCUCCCCUCGAACCAGUACCCGGUUCCUGUAGCUCAUAGCUGCCUGAUAUCAAUAAACAGCAUCGUGCACCCUCA